AUGUUCAAUCUUCAAAAUCGAAUCAAUGGCAAUGACGACGAUCGUCACUAUCUCGAAACACGUAUAGCCGUUCGUGACAAGCUUCUUGCUCAAGAAAUGAAGGAUCUCGAAAGCAGUCUCCGAAACCAGCGUCUAUGGAAUCUCCAAGUUCCAUCGACCUCGAAGUUGCAUGAGUUGGAUUUAACAGUGACACCACAGGAAGGAAUUUAUAAGGGAGGAGUGUUCCGUUUCAAAAUCACGGUUCCACCCGAGUACAAUAAUAUGCCACCUAUUGUCAAGUGCCUCACAAAAGUCUGGCAUCCAAAUAUCAACGAAGACGGUUCGAUCUGUUUGUCGAUUCUUCGACAAAAUUCAUUGGAUCAGUUCGGAUGGCGGCCAACCCGAAAUCUCCUUGAAGUUGUUCACGGACUCGUCGCUCUAUUCACGGACCUAAUUGACUUCGACGAUGCCCUCAAUAUCCAGGCCGCUCAACAAUGGACUCAAAACCGCGAAGCGUUUAAGCACCGUGCUCGUGAAUACAUCCAGAGAUACUGCUGA